CAUGGCCGGGCUUCCGAAGCUGGUAGGCGUUCCCCUUAAGGUUCGGAGGUUGCACACAGCAGUGUGUCACUAUAAGGGGCGGACGGGCGCUGAGCACCUGUGGCUGAUGCGGCAUCUAAAGGACCCGUUUGUGAAGGCCGCAAAGGUGGAGAGUUACCGCUGCCGCAGCGCCUUCAAGCUCCUGGAGAUGAAUGAGAAGCAUCACAUCCUCAGGCCUGGUCUCCGGGUGCUGGACUGCGGGGCCGCUCCGGGAGCCUGGAGUCAGGUGGCAGUACAGAGCGUCAAUGCCACAGGCGCAGAUUCCAGCUCCCCCGUGGGUUUCGUGCUGGGGGUCGAUCUUCUUCACAUAUUCCCUCUGGCGGGAGCAACCUUUCUUUGCCCUGCUGAUGUGACUGACCCCAGAACUUUACAGAGAAUUUUAGAACUGCUUCCCAGAAGGAGAGCAGAUGUGAUUCUGAGUGACAUGGCACCGAAUGCCACUGGCAUCCGAGACCUCGAUCAUGACAGACUCAUUAGCAUGUGCCUUACCCUUGUGGACAUGGCUGUGGAUAUCCUGCAUCCCGGGGGGACACUGCUGUGUAAAACCUGGGCCGGAAGUAAAAGCCACCUGCUGCAGAAGAGACUGACCCAAGAAUUCCAGAGCACAAAGGUCGUGAAGCCGGAGGCCAGCAGGAAAGAGUCUUCAGAGGUGUACCUGUUAGCCACACAGUACCGUGCGAGGAGAGGCUCGACGAAGCAGUGAGUCUGGCCUCCC